CUAGCUGGUGGUUGUUAUGAAAGGCGGGAGGGCGGCGGGGGGACUACCUGCCUGGCUUCUCUUCCAUGGCGCAUUCCCCAGAGCUGAGCAGCUCGGUUGAGCGUUGGAGGAGACGCUAUCUGAGCGGAGAGGGUUAUCUUUUGGAUGUAACACAAGCCAAAAGUAAAAGUAGAAGGGCCCUGAUAGCUACAGGAGACAGCUCACUUGAUGAUACAGUUGCAUCUAUACUGAUAAAUUCGUCACAAUCAAAACUUCUGUACUGCAGAAGAAAGCAGAAUAGAAGAUUAUUGGACUCAUCAAAAACUUUGAAAAACCUCGCUUGGCCAGAUGAUGAGUUGGCGUCCCUGUACAGUUCAGACCAGCUUCAUAUACAGCCAGAACUGAUUGGAGAUUUUCUUGGAAGCAGUGAAAUCCAAAGUGAAGGCAUAUGCUCAGAAACAGAUAUUACUCUGCCAUCCACUUUUACAGUGGCCGCGUACUGUGAUUAUAAUAGUGACGGUGAUGCAGUAAGAGAGAGUGUGAGCAUUUCUGAAACCCAAGAAUUGAAUGGGAAAAGCCUGAUAACACCCCAGUUCAAUCAAAUUUAUCAUGAAUUAUCUAUCAUCCAUCAGAAGCUACAGCAAGAGAAAUUAAGUCAGCAAGAAUAUGCUUUGAAACUUGAAAAGCGAGAGUGCUUCAUAGCUGAACGGGAAGUACAGCUUUGUAGACACGAAGCUGCUUUGACCAAGAUAAGGGGUGUUGAAGAGGAAGUUCACACAAAAUUCCAAAUUAUGAAGGAGCAACAUGGAGCUGAAAUAAAGCAGUUGUCUGAUGCCUUGAAAGAAAAAACAAAGGAGAACAAAAGGCUGAAGACAUCAUUUGAAACGUUAAAGGAGCUGAAUGACACCUUAAAAAAACAGUUAAGUGAUGUGACUGAGCAAAACAAGAAGCUUGAAGUCCAGUCUCGAAAAGUACAGGCUCGUUUAGAGAAUUUACAGAGAAAGCAUGAAUUUUUAUCAGUACAGAAAUCUAAAGAAGCCCUGUUCCAAGACCAUAAGCCUAUGAAGUCAGAGAGAGCAAUAGCACCAUCAAAAGCUUAUAAAUUACCACCUAAUUCACAUAUUUAUGACCUGUUAAUGGUAUUAAUGGACUGGAUCUCAGAGCAGCACCUCUGCAAAUUGAUUGUUGAGGAAGAGAAAGAAAACAUUCACAAGCUUAUUUCCAACAGAAACUACAUACAGGAGAAAUGCGUCAAGCUUUUGCCUCUAGUUGCGGAACAACUUCAGUGGCUGCCCUUUGUGAAUCCUAACCUGCACUUCCCUGUGGUUAAGUGCAUUUACUGGGCUUUAAGGCAGUUAGAUGGAAGUACCCAGCAUGCAACAAUGACCUCAACCAUGAGAAGGCUGGGUGAAGACUUAUUUAAAGGCGUUGUCCCUAAGGGAAGUCAAUACAGUUCUUCUGAACUUGCUACUGAUUCCAAGCCCAAGGCUGCAUCUUUCUUUAAAAGUUGUAGUUUAUCUUUACGAGUUGUAUCAACUUUAAUUAUAAUCAAAGUAGUUACACAAGCUGAUUAUUUGGCACAAGCCUUUGAUUCACUUUGCAUUGAUCUGAAGACAGAUGAAGGGAAAGUCUUGUUUUUGGACUACCAAGCUGUGCCCAUUGUAUUGACUCACCUAAGAAUAUCAAGAAGAGGCCUCCUUUCCAGUGCCGUUGACAGUUUACUUCAGAUGACAACAGAAUCUAGGUAUUUGAAUCGUUUUCUGGAAGCUUGUAGUAAUGAGCUCUUUUUCCGCACUUGUUCAGUGCUUCUUCGAAAUUCUACGCCUGAUAUCCAAUUCCUGGAGAAACUCAGCAUUCUGCUUCAAAAACUUUCAAAAAUCAAGAGUAAUAAGAAGAUGUUUGAGCUGUUUACUAUCCACCUGAUGAUUCAAGAACUACUGAGGACAGCACAUCCAGAUCAUGCCUUUUUAUGUAUUAACCUCAACUCGAUUCUCUUUAAUUUGGGUUUAAUAAAAAACAACCCCCUUGAAAAUAGUCAAAAUGCAAGUGACUAGCAGGUUGCAUUUUAAUAAAUUUUGUUUCUAGUG